GUAAUACUCGAUACCUGAGGGCCUGAUUGAUCAUUCACUGCAUUCUCCCCCCAAUCCCUCCUCGCUUCUCGGUGUUAGUCGCAAGGCCCGGAUUGGUCGAUCUCCCAUCAUGCCUGCCACCCCCGAGCGCAGGAGCGACCGCGGAGCCCUGGCGCGUCGCAACCGCGAUUAUCCUCAGGACCAGCAACUCUCUCCCUUUCGACGAGCUCGUCAAACUCGUCUUGCCGAUACUUUUGACGCGUCGUUUAUGCCCGAUAACUUCGCCGAUUACAACAGCCGACAAUACCGGAGGAACUUCAGCCAAACCGGAAGUUUCCGCAAAGCAUUCGAGUUUACAUCGCGUUUACCCAGCAUGUCGGAUCGUGAGGCCGCCCCCUACACUUUUGGGUCGCCAAACCGGACCAGACGACAGAGUUUCAACCCCGCCUCUCCCGAGUCCAACCCUCCGAAUGAGCUGGCAGAGGCGUAUCGGCAGAUCGAUGACGCGGGGAGUCUCGCUGACCUAGACCCGGAGGAUGAUUUCAACUUUUCCCUACGAAGUAGUCGCAGCCGGCGCUCAUCGUCGGCAUCACGUCUGCGAGGGGAGGAUUUGUUCGCGGCUGCCGACGCGGAUUUCUUGAACGAGAUCUCCGACGAUUCCCUGCGCCGCAAGCUGGUCGACCAUGUCCAAGAUGAAAAGCGAUUGAGACGAGCCACAUCCAGCCGAUCACCUGUGUUAAGCAAUGCGGGGAACAUAAAUCCGUUGACGUCGGAGAAUCUGCAACGGCGCGAGGAGGAGGAGGACGAGCAAGAGAUGGAACUGGAAGAGGACGAUGGUCUCAAGCCCUCCUUGAACCUUCCCAACACUUGGGGGAGCCGGGCGGCUUAUCGCCGUGACUGGUUGAAGAAGAUGACCCGGCGCACCGAGCUUCCAGACAUGCCAGCUGAAAGGGCGAAGGACCCAUCGCCUCCGAGAUUCGAGGCCCCAGAAUUGACCCUCGAAAGCAAAUCCAAUAGGUACAACAGGGUUCCGUUAUCCGACGCACAUAACAAGCUGGCCUUUGAACAAAACGCCGAGAAAUCCAUUGAGGGCGACCCAAUACCAAACACGCCGAUUGUCGUUUACAAGAACUCAACCUUUACGAAGCGAAGUCCCACAAAGAGAGACUCUCAAGAUUUGCUUCGGAAACUGUCGAGAACCGAGAGUCCAGGCCAGCAGCUUAUGACCCCGGAGUCUCAGAAAGUUCCGGAAAGACACAUCUACGACAAGACGCCUAUUGUGACGGGUGCGUGGAUCGAUACGCCGGUGACUGAACGGGUGGAGCGGGUGAGCGAGUUCCCAGAACAUCUGUCUCAGGAUAUAGUGCCAUCGCCGCCAAGGAAUGAUCGGUACGUGCCUACGCAACCUACGAUCGACGAAGUGUCCCAAACGUUCGAGUUGGAAGAAAGACAGAGGCACGAGGAUCGAGAGAAGGAACAAGAAGAAAAGAGACGGCGGGAGGAACGAGAAAGAGAACAGAGGCAGAGGGAGGAGAGGCAGAAGGAGAAACAGAAGGAGGAAAAGCAAAGGCUAGAACAGGAGGAGCAGAAACGAAAGGACGCAGAGCAGAAAUCCCAGGAAAAGAAGGACGUGCUGAAGAAAGCGGAACAAACGACUGGGAAGGCAAAGGCAAAGGACAAGCCACCAUUGGUCAAACCCGACUUGCCCAAGAGCGCCCUAGAGACGGUUUUGCAAGAUUUCAAGUCCCACAAAGUCUCCUUGGACGUCGGUGAUGAUACGAUCGAGUCGCUCCAAGACAUCAUUGACGGGCAACCCGGCGAGCUAAAGACCGAGGAAGAGGAUGAUGCUGCAUACGAGAAGGAGAUUUUGAAGAAGCUGGAGCUUGCAAGCUCCGGAAGCCGAGAGACAGUGGACCUGGACCGGCUCAACGAAAAGCUCAAGUCAUUGGCGGACAAUAUUCAGAGAGUCAAAACCGGGCUGAAUGGCUUGGAGGCCCAGGUAUCCCGAGAUGCGGACGUCCUUGCCUCGGCCCCAAGGGGCAAGCGAUCCCAUCAGCAUAGCUGUGAGAAUUGCAACGGAGAGCAUGACGGCCGUGUCUACGCAUUGGUCUCUCUUCCACGUCUAUGGAGACGGGAUCCUGUCUCUCGACGCAUCCGUCCGACGCGGCUGGGAUGGUGCUCUCUCAUCCUGCUCCUGUGGUUCUACUCCGAGUCUACCAUGUGUGAUCUGUACUGCCACCCUUCCAUCUCCGACACCUGCCAAGGAAAUUGCUUGCUCCCGGAUGCUCCCUGUUUUCCAUACGUGAUUCCGACCAUGCUCUGGCGCUGGCUGCACCUGUCGUCGAUCUUCACCCCUCUCUGGACUGUCACCAUUGCGCUUGCCAGACUUCUGGCACAGGUGCUUGGCUUCUGGGAUGGAUAUGUGGAGGAGGCUCCCCGUCCGGUUAAUCUGACCGGCGAGGUCCGCAUCCAUGGCCGAGUGACCAACUUUCCUACGGCGGCAGCUCCAUCUCGGGGGUUCUUCUCUCCGCCUAGACUGUGGUCUGAGAAAGAGCCGACGGUGGUUCCGGAGGCGGUUCCCGAGUUGAAGGUGGAGGAUAUUCCAGCACCCUCUUGGGAGGAUGAUGGCUCCAUGGACGAUGAUGAGUAUAUUUAGUUUAUCUUUUAGGUCGUUUAGCGUGAUACUUUGGAGUUGCUUGGAGUUGCUUGGAGUUAGUUGCCUGUGGAGUUGGGUAAUACCUUGGUGGAUUUGGAUUGAUUCUCGGCAAUUUGCUAUGAAUGUGAUUACUGGCUUAACUUGUAUUCAAUUCGAAUGGAGCUAUUCUUAUCUAAGGUUAUCGUUGAUCUGCAAGACGCGCGCUAGCUCUUCCC